GUCCAGAUCGCUUUCUAGUAAACAAAACUAUGGACGCCAGAAAAAAAAAAGGCGAGAUCUUUAUUUUUCUGAUCAGUUUCUUGCGUGUAAACAUAGAUCCAUAUUAACAUGGCUGUAUGCUGCUUUGUGCUGCUGGGUAAGGCCGUUAUUGCGGUAUUCUUCGGUACGCUAUUGCCACUAGAGAGUCAGCAUCUCUACGAUCGCAUGCUCAAUUUUUUGCUGUUCAAGGUCAUAUUUGUUGGUGCGAUCAUGGAUCCGAUAUGGAUACAGAUUGUAAGGCUCUCCAUAUGGAUCGCCGUACUUGGUUUCCUGCGCAUCUUUAGCUUACUUAGCAAGGAUCGUUUCGAUCAUCUUACUACAAUGCCCUAUAUACCUACAGCGGAAUACAACAAAACCACUUUCCUUUUAUGUUGUAUUUUCGUAUGUAAUUUGGUAUGGUACGCCGCAAGUUUCUACUUUUUCCCAGAAUCCAUCACCUUUUUGACGCUGGAGUUUCUUCCCGUUGCUUUGGAUACUCUGCAAGUCAUGACAAAAUACUUUUCACAGCUGUGGGACCAGUUUAGCGAGCAGGGCUUUGAGGGCAAACGGACUAUCAACUAUUAUGCUGAACUUGGCACCGACAUGCUGGUACUUGGCCUAACCCUAUUGCAAUAUCUUCAACUUAUGUGGAUGCAUGGAAUGUCAUUUGGAUUGGUGGAUAUCGUACUGAUACUUAAUGUCCGGAGCGUACUGAGGAACCUCUAUCGGAAAGGCAUGGUACACCGCGACCGUUGGCGUGCCAUGUCCUACGUCAAAAACAGGUAUGCGGAUGCCACACCGGCAGAACUCUCGGUUCGUAACGAUGAUUGUGCCAUCUGUCGGGAAAAGAUGAAAACUGCCAAAAGGCUUUCGUGUGGACACCUGUUCCAUCUACAUUGCUUACAUUCAUGGAUACAGCACCAUGUCUCCCAGCCAACAUGUCCAACGUGUCGGCGCCCACUUUCACCACCAUUAAACAACAGUAAGGAACCUGAUUUAGGAAACCCAAUCCGAAGCUGAUGCGCGAACUUCUUCGUACCUACUCCUUCAUCCACGCCACCUUCCUCUUGCUCUGUUUCCGUAUAAUUCUCAUUCUUAAUCUUCCAUUUUCUUUAUCUUUAAUCAAACUGCAUAAACUUCCCCAUCACUACACAUUUGCAAAAACGCAUUCAUCUCCCCCAAAACAUUCGGAUAUACACACAUAACUUCCUUUUUUUUUAUAUAAUAAUCGCCU